AUGGUGUCGGAAAAUUAUGCCCAGGAGACCCUGGGCUCCCCAUCGACUCAACCAAGCUCAUGGGACGUCUGCCGCUUUGCGACGGCAGACUUUGCCGUGACCUCGAUAGCGUGGCCGUAUGAUAGGGAGAAAAUCCUGCUUGGGCCUUACAACUACCUUCGUUCACAUCCAGGUAAGGAAAUCCGGAGCCUCAUACUGGAUGCCUUCAACGAGUGGCUCAAGGUGCCACAGGAGAGCCUCGACAUUAUAACCAAAGUAGUCAGUACACUGCAUACGGCAUCACUGCUCUUGGACGAUAUCGAGGAUAACUCGCUGCUUCGCAGAGGGCAACCUGCAGCACACAGAAUUUUUGGCACGGCGCAGACAAUCAAUUCUGCCAAUUACGCCUAUUUCCUGGCCCUGCGCGAGCUGAAGCAACUUGAUAAUCCCAAGGCUCACGACAUUUUUGUCGAAGAGGUGGUCAAUCUCCACCGAGGUCAGGGGAUGGACCUUUUUUGGCGCGACACUCUCCACUGCCCCGAGGAAGCGGAAUAUCUCGAAAUGGUCGGUAACAAGACCGGUGGGCUUUUUCGUCUUGCCAUAAAGCUCAUGCAAGCCGAGUCCACGGCCUUACUGGAUUGCGUGCCGCUCGCUCAUCUCAUGGGUCUCGUUUUCCAGAUCGCUGAUGACUACAAGAACCUUUUCGACAUCACGUAUACGCAGGGCAAAGGGGUAUGUGAGGAUUUGACAGAAGGGAAGUUCUCCUUUCCUAUAAUCCACAGCAUUCGCUCCGACAAAUCAAAUCUGCUGCUGUUGAGCAUCCUUAAGGAGAAAACGGCGGACGUUGAGGUGAAGCGGUGCGCGGUCAAGUACAUGCAAGGUACUGGCAGCUUCGACUACACCAAGAAGGUGUUAGAUGUCUUGAUUGACCGCUCGCGGAAGCUGGCCGACCAGUUGGACAAUGGCCGCGGUCAACAUGUCAAGAUACUUGACACCUUGAACAGGAUGAUGAUUUCGUAA